AUGUCAACAACAUCCCUCCCAACCGCCACCCGUCGCCUCCUCCGCGACCUCUCCGAACUCCGCUCCUCUCCUGUCUCAACCAACGUCGCCGCCCACCCACUGGACUCCGACAUCUACCAAUGGCACGGAAACCUCCACCUCUCCCUCCCUAACCACACCUUCACCCUUCACUUCUCCAUGCUCUUCCCAUCAAACUAUCCAUCCCACCCACCAUCCCUCCUCCUCCUUACCCGUCUUCCACACGAAAACGUACUUACAGCCGUAGGAGGGUAUAAAGUAUGUCUUGACAUGUUAGACGAGAGUAUUGACGGGGAGUAUAAGGGAUGGUCGCAAAGUUAUUCCGUUCGAAGUAUUUUGAUGCAGCUUGAGGCUUUCUUGACGGAUGAAGGGGAGUUGGUGAAUGUGAGGUUGGGGAGUUUGGAUGAUGCGCAACGGGAUGCUGGGGUUUUUGAGUGUAAGAAGUGUGGGAGUUGUAGAAGGAAGGUUUGGCCGAGGUUUCCUACUGAGGAAGAGGUGGAGAGGAAGGUUGUUAGGGAGGUUAAGAGGCCGAAGAUUGUGAGGAGUGUGAAGGUGGUUAAGAAGACUGUGGUGGGUUCUGAGGGGAAGGAGAAGGAUGUAGAUGGGUGGACUUCGGUUUCUAAGAAGGGUUUGCAGGUUGAUGAUGUUCCUGAGGCGAAGAAGAAGAAACCGGCGGGUCCUGAUUUCUCGAAGGCGGCUGGGAAGGUUAUGGUUAUCAAACCGGGACAUCAGAUCAAACGGGCUCCGAAGCUCAUCGCCUUGAAGGAUCUUGAAAGCAUCAGAGUCGCGAAACCGACUGAAUCUCGUCCUGCCUCGCUGGAUGAUGAAGUCGCAGAUAGUCCUCGAGAACUUCAUUACAAACGUAUCGAACGCCAUAACGCCGGUUUAUUCUCCACUUUACCCUACGAAAUGAUGUUACAAGUCCUUCUUUCCGGUGGAUUAUCCGCUAAGGAUAUUCUAAACCUCAGCAUGACCUGUAAACAUAUCAAUUCCUUCUGCAUGGAUGGAUACUUCUGGAAAUCAUUUUUCCAACGGUGUUAUCCAAACUCCGAUCUGGUUGCUUCGAACCUGGACGACUGGCUUUUGGCUUUCGCUCAGGAAACUAACUUUGCCGGGUCGGAGAUGAAGUGUUUUGCUUCGAAGGUUGGGAUGGAUGAGGAUGUUUUGGGAGUACCUAUCGAUUGGACGGUUAAUCCUAAGACUAAAUGUGUGGAUUAUAUCUACAUUGUCGACUCCUCGGACUUUCUGAGUAGAUCUUCUUUCCAUGAUGAUAGGGUUAGGAAGACUACUUGGAAUAAGGAGUUUAAGUCUUGGUGUCCGAUGUACCUUACCGAAGAACACUUCCAACGUGCCUUACCGGAUAUCAAGGAGUUCAUGGUGGAGAUGUGUCCUGAAUACGGUACUCGACUGUUUCAACCCAGAAUGGUGCUAGACGUCAUCCCCAAGAUGAUGAAUACACUUGUUGUCCUCCUCAUGGACAACGGAGAAAAGAUCUCUAGCAAAGCCAUCGAAGGGUAUUUCCUCCUCCACCGACUCUUCCGCGCCCUCCUCGUCGAAUUCCCACAGUUACAAAAGGAAGUCGACGAAAGAAUCCGAAGAGUCAAAGAAAGUGAAGAAUCAAGGACGAAAUCCGUUCUUCCAAACUUCGGAAACUUCUUACCUUUGUUAUCUGUCAGCGAGAAAUAUACAUGGACAACACCGGGUCUCAGCCGUUCCAUCAUCGGGGAGUUCUUCGAUAGACAGGUAAUCUGGACAGCAAGGGAACAUCCCAAAAUCGUCAACGUCCAGAAAUUCGCACCGACGAACAUCGAUGCCAAUGAUAAAUACCUAAGUCUUUGGUUAAGCGUCGGACAGGUUUCCAGGAGGUUGAUGGUAUUUCACGUUCGAUUGUUGUAUAUGAUUCAACAGAAGAACGGGGGUUAUAUGGAUGAGAUAUCCACCGCGAAUGAUCUUUUGUACGGUCGUCCUCCCAGACAGGUUGUUGAGAAGUUUCAGAGGACGGUGCAGAAGAUUAUGACGUUGGAGAGUUGGCCGGAUUUCUUCGAUGGGAUGUUUGUGAGACAACCUACUCGGGCGGCGUUGACGGGGGUAUUACAGCAGGCUGUGAGGAAUUCUUUGAGGAAGAGGUAUCAUCGUGCCGGGAUGGAUUUUUCAAAGAUCCAUGCCAGUGGGGUAUCUAGAAUCCUUUUGAAGGGACAAAGUUAUUCCGUCCCACCCAAUUUGAAGAAAUUGGAGAUGAAGGAGAGUUGGAGAUGGGAUUCGAAUUCCGGAUCUAACUUUUUAGACGCUACUUGUACGGUCUUUGAUUUUAAAGAUCAAAUGAUCGAUGAAGUUUCUUAUAUGUCUCGGAUAGCGUUUUGCUCUGAUGAGAAUAAUAGGAAUAAAUCCGCGGCGUUGAGACAUUCGGGAGAUCAAAUGGAUCAUACGAUUUCUCGAGGAGAACAUACGAUCGAAAUCGAUCUCGAGAAGAUUGGAAAGGUUAAGGAAGUUAAGAGUUUGGUGUUUUGUAUGAGUGCUUUCAGUGGAGCUCAUCUUAGGGAUUUUAAAAGUCCUGAGGUGGCGUUGGUGGAUAAGGCUUCGAAGGUGGAGAUGGCGACGUAUAAUUUUGGGAGUACGAGAGGUGGAGAGAUUGGAGGGAAGAAGAGUGUGGUUAUGGCGGUGCUCUAUAGGAGUAAAUUUGGGGAUAAGUGGGAUUUGAAGGCGGUGGGGGAUAUUGGGAGUGGGGAUUUGACGAGGGCGGAUGUUUUGAGGGAGGAGAUGGAGAGGAGUUUGAGGAAGAUUUAG